AUGAGGUUUUCACUACUAAAGCUUUCGUCUUUCUCCAUCAUCAUCUCAAUCUCCAUGGCUCUGUUCUCAGAUCUCGAGCUAGCGAAAUCUGCAUCGCCAGACUACACAAACUUAAUCUACAAAGGUUGCGCGAGAGAGCAAUUCUCAGAUCCAUCUGGUUUAUACUCGCAGUCUCUCUCUGCAAUGUUUGGCUCAUUGGUCUCUCAAUCGACCAAAACCAGAUUCUACAAAACCACAACCGGAACAACAAGCCAAACCACCAUUACUGGUCUUUUCCAGUGUAGAGGAGACUUGAGCAACAACGACUGUUACAACUGUGUUAGUCGUCUUCCUGUUCUCUCCGGUAAGCUCUGUGGCAGAGCUAUUGCCUCUAGAGUCCAGCUUUCCGGCUGUUAUCUUCUCUAUGAAGUCGCUGGCUUUGCUCAAAUUUCAGGGAUGGAGAUGUUGUUCAAGACAUGUGGGAAGAAGAACAUCGCCGGAACAGGAUUCGAAGAGAGAAGAGACACAGCGUUUGGUGUGAUGCAGAACGGUGUCGUCUCAGGGCACGGCUUCUACGCGACGACGUACCAAGCGGUUUACGUUUUAGGACAGUGCGAAGGCGAUGUGGGAGAUUCCGAUUGUAACGGAUGUAUCAAAAACGCGUUAGAGAAGGCUCAAGUCGAAUGUGGAGGCUCGAGUUCUGGUCAGAUUUAUCUUCAUAAGUGUUUCAUCGCUUAUGGUUAUUACCCAAAUGGUUUCCACAGAGAUCCUCCUUCUUCCAAUACAUAUGGCUCUUCGGGUUCGUCUUCUUCUUCAGGAACAACAGGAAAAACGGUGGCAAUAAUAGUAGGAGGAACAGCUGGAGUUGGAUUUCUUGUCAUUUGCUUGCUUUUCGUCAAAAACUUGAUGAAGAAGAAAUAUGACGAUUAUUGA